AUGCAAUGGCCUGCUUACAUGAACUUGGAAAGUCGCCAUUCCUUCCUGCGGCGCACCACACCGAAAGCAAUUGCACGCCAGGCGGAGGCUGCCUCGUCCAACUCCCAACACCCUUCCUCCGCAAAUCGCCCGCUGCCGUACCAACUGAAAGCAUCCAGUCGCGCGCUGUUGGAGCGCCGGAAAGCAGAGCAGGCGGCCAGAAAAGCCGCGACCGCUUCCCAGCCCGCUGCAGACGAAGGAUCCGACGCAAACGACGCACAGCAGCCCAGCUCCUCAUCCCCUCAAGAGCCCAGCAAGACUUUUUUCCGCUUUUGGCAUGACGAGAAGCGGUUCAAGGGCAGCGGGGCUGACUCCCUGGUCCAGCGGGCCCUGCUGGCCGCGGGCGGGGAGCGGACCGGCGGCCGCGUCAAGUCCGACCCGCGCCCGGGGCCCGGGCCGCUGGGGUGGCAGAGAGGAUCCCAGUCGUUAAGUCGUAAAAAGCGACUGCCUGAGACGCUCACCCAGCAGCAGCAGCAGCAGCAUGGAAGGUUGUGGAUGCUGAAAACGUCGCAACACUUGGGUCAGUGGGUGGGCAAGGGACUGCAGCUAGUGACACAACAACACGCAUUGGAUGCCGUACUACGGCGCCAGGCGCAAGUCGCUCAGAAGUAUGUAGACGACCCGCUGCUCAUCAAUAACCGAAAGUUCGGUAUUCGGUUGUGGUUAGUUGUAGUCGGGUCAGAUCCGUUGCGCGCCUACCUGCAUAAGAACGGCCUUAUUCUCUUCUCAACGGAGCCGUACGACGCGGCGGCGGUGGAGGCGGCGACGGUGACGGCACCGUACGACCAUAGCGGUGCUGUUGGCGGCGACGCUGGGGGGAGCCCGUUGGGGGCUGCCGUCAUGCUCGCUCCGAGCGCCGACGGGGGUGGGGGGGAAGAGGAGGAGGCGGAGGAGGAGGCGGAGGUGGAAGAGGAGGGAGUUAACGAUGGCGGCGGCUGUGGCGGCAGCGGCGGGAACACCGCCGGCAUGGCGAUGAAGCCGCCUGUAUGUACGGCAGGUUCACCGCCUGCGGCAUUGUAUCCUCCUCCUCCUCCUCCUCCUCCUCCGUCGCCGCCCCCUUCUUCCCCUGCCCCCCGGGGUCAUGUAACGAAUUACGCUCAGAACGUGGAUGGGGAGGUUUGGAGUCUCAGGCAGCUCGCGAACCACCUGGGAACGGAGAAAUUCAGCGCGGCGCUGACUGCGGCGGCCGCGGUUCCACACAUUCGCUCCGAAACCGCUCGUCUACGGGUGCCGUACAAUUCCCAGGGCGGCGGCUGCUUUGAGCUCUUUGGACUUGACUUCCUCGUGGACAAAGAGCUGAGUUCUACGUCUGGUACACUCUUGCCCUGGCAGCAGCUUCAUUCGUGUGUGCACACCGACCCACGGGUCGAACAGCUCAUUCGGCGUGAGAAGGAGGGCAUGGUAGCCGACAUGGUCUCGCUGCUUAGGUUGGAUAGGAGGUACGGCAGUCGCCACCGUACACAUCGCAUUCAACACGACGACGACGACGGCGAAGGCGGCGAUGCCGCUGAAGAGGGUGCUGUGGGUGAUGACGGUGAUGGCGGCGGCGCUGGAGCGCUGCGGGCGCUGCUGCAGGCCACUUACCCGCAGCAGGGACAGCAACAGGCGACGAUGGCGGCGGUGAUGGGGCCUUUGUCGUCCUCUGGAGAGCCCGGCUGCGCCGUACAUUACAAUUUUGGGCAUCAGCUUGGGUGUAGCGGUGGUAGCGGUUAUGGUGGGUGCAACGGCGGAGAGUACGGGCAGGUGGUGACGGCGGCAGCGCCGCCGCCGCCGUCAAGCCGCAGCGGUUGGUAUCCCCGGCCGCCGAGUGACGGCGGUCAGGAAUACGGCUUCGGCGGUGGCGCCGGCUUGGAAGGCCCCGCGGGAAGUCGCGGCAGCGGCGGACCCGUGGGUCAUUGCAGCAGCAGUGACGCGGACUGUACGAUGCAGCAGCAGGCGUUAGUAGCAGCAGUAGCACCUCCCGCCGUCGCUGCCACAGCGGCAGGCGGCGACACGACUCCGUGUACGGCAGACGUCUUCGGUCCCGUCGGCGUCGGCAGCGCUGAGGCCACGGAGCCGACGGCGGCCGAUCUUGCCGUACGUGAUGCUUCGCCGCAGUCUUCACGCCGCAAGGGCCGCUCGGGGCCUAAGAGCCGCAGCAGCCCGUACAUCGGCGUGUCGCAGCUUUGGUUCCCCUGCUGUACAUGUGUACGACUUAAUGUGAAGUACAAGCGUACGGGCCGCUGGGAGGCCCACAUUUGGGAUAGCGGGGAUAGCAGCGGUACGGGCAAGGGCCGUCAGCUGCAUUUGGGCUCUUUCUUAACCGCCGGUCAAGCUGCAAGGGCGUACGACCUGGCGGCGCUCUGUAUGCGGGGAGAUGCUGCCGAGCUGAACUUCCCGCUUGCGACGUACCAGGAUGACCCGCUGCUGCAGCGCCUGCGCGGCAUGUCGAAACGGGCCUUGAUCAUAACGGUCGCGACGCAAGAAGGUCUAUCGCUGCCGGCGCCACCGCUGCCACGCGCAGUGGUGUACGGCAGUGAGAGCUUGUACGGACAGAAUCAGCAGCAACAGACUGAAAAGCUAACUGCCUGGAAUUGGGGUGGCAGCGGAGGGACGACGGCGACGCUACAGGGGGGGAUAUCCGUACAAGGGCCCUCGCCGCAAUUCUCUCCGCCCUCAAUGUCGUCGCUGUUGGCGGCGUCCGCACGCCUGCUAGACGAGAGCAUGGCACUGUGCUGCAGCGGCGGCGACGGCGGCGGCGGCGGCACUGGUGCCAUCGGGGCCGACACGACGGGUACGGAUAUGGCUGCGGACCACGGCGGCGGCGCUGCGGGCGACGCUUCAUGUGCCUCCACCACCCCUGUUACCGCCGCCGCCGGAGCUGGUGGCGCCAGCGGCAGUCGUACACUGCAUCGUAGCCGCAGCCUGCAGCACCCGCAGCACCAGCACCAGCAGCAUCUCCGACAGCAGCAUCGCGCACCGCUUUGUGUGUCGUCCCGGAGCCCCCACAGCGCCCGAGUGCGCAAGAAGCACGGCGGCGGCGGCGGCGGCGGCGGCAGCGGCGCGAACAGGGUCGCUAGCGGCGACCACGGCAGUCGAUUUCUUGGCGCCGCCGUGCUCGGCGGCGUCGGAAGGUCCGAUAACCUGACGUCAACGUCGCGGCCAGCUGCCCAGGCCAGCGGCUGCCCGCCCGCGGUGCCGUACACCCAUGUCGCUGCAGAGCCCGCGGGACCUGUCGCUGCUAUGGCGCCGCCGCUGAAAUUGCACGUGCCGUUGGGUUCCGGAGCGUCUUCCUGCGCCGCCGCCGCCGCUGCUGCUGCUGCUGCGCUGCCGCCGUCGUCCUCUCUGCCGCCGUCGUCGCCGUUGCAGCGCAACCCUGUCCAGUCCACACUGGCUCUGCUGGGCGGCGGCGGCGGUGGCGGUGGCGCCGCCGCUCCCGCCGCAGCGGCGGCGUCGGCUGAUGGCCCUGCCCUGUGUCCCCCAUCGAGCUGGGCCGUACAACAUCCUCAGGCGGUCCCAGCGGGGUCGACGGCCCCCUGGGACGAGAUAAUGGCAAGGGCUGGCGGCGGCGGCGGCGGUGACGGUGACGGCGGUGGCGGAGUGGGUCUGCAGCGGCAGAGCAGCAUUUCGUCGCGCUACCGCGCGGGUGAUGUCAUACGAAGCAUAGAGAGCUUCGCACGGUGCAGGGCGCAAUCGCUGCCUCUGCCGCCGCCGCCGCAGCUGACUUUCACGCCGGGAUAUCAAGGGCAGCCGCCACCGCCGCCGGAAGGCAUGGCGGCGGCGGCGGCGGGGACGGGGACAGCGGCUGGGGAGCAACCUCCCGUGUCGUGUACCUUGGAGUCCUGGCUGGCGGCUGCCGCAGCGGCAGCGGCGGCGCCGUCGGUUGGGGACACGUCGGAUGCCGCGUCGCAGCCACGGAGGUACGGCGCACAGCUGCCGCUGGCGCAGAUGCCUCCCCCGCCGCCGCCCCCGCUGGCCCCGCAGUUAGUACGGCAACUUGGAUCUGCUUUCGGAGCUGUUGGUAGCAGUAGCACUGGCAGUAGCAGUUGCGGUCCGCCUUCGCUCAGUGUUGACGUCAGUGACCUGGAGGAGGUUGCAUCGCAGGGUGUGGCUAGUAGCGCUGACGGCAGCACGGCCGUGUUGCCGUACACUUCAGGUACGUUUGAUGAGGUAAUGCCGGACGUUGCGGACGAGCAGGACGAGCUGGAGGAUGCGGUUAUGGAGCAGCUGGAGUGUAUGGGUGGGGAGGCGGAGGAGGCCUGGGCGGCGGCGGCGGCGGCGGCCGCCGCAGCCGCCGCCGCCGCCACAGCAUCGUACAUGGAUGUGGUACACGCGGAUGAUAGUGGCGGGAGACAGGCCACCUUGUUCAUUAAGUCAGAGUCGGGGCGCCUGAAGGAGGCGGCAGUCGCAACGGCUAGCGAGGAUGAGGGCGGCGGCGGCGGCGACGGCAGCUUCAGCGUUGACGCCGCGGCGGCGGACGUCCGAAGAGUGGGAAAUGGCGGCGGCGCCGGCCGCGGAGACUCAGCAGCCUCAGAGACCGAUCUGACGGCCCAACGGCAUUUUGCUGCAGUGUCGUACAUGUCCUCACCGUUUGCUAGUUCCCGCGCGUGUGACGGCGGCGGCGCCGCCGCCGCCGCCGGUACGGCGAUUCCAUUUGGUGAGCCACUGCCUCCGCUGCCUGACUUGGGCAGUUUGGACGCACGCAACCGCGUGCGGACGCAAACGUCGUCAGACAACGUCCAGACGCACGCAACCGCACCACAUCAGCAUGACGAUGUGAUAUGCUCGGGUAGUUGA